UUGGAACCAACCUACACGCUUCUUCCACCUGCACCAGAACACUUCCUUAAUUCUAUUUUUUGCUACUGCAAAAAGGGGGUGUAAAUUAAGAUGCGGCUGUAAAAAAGUAGGCUUAUUUUGUUCACUAGCGUGUACCACUAGACUUGUUAAGGCCAAUCGUGUUCAAAUCCAAAAGAAGAUUUUCACAUCAACUACGAAACAGCUGAUGUAUCGCUUUUAGUACAAUUUAAGUCAACUCAAGAAGAUGAAGAGGAAGAAGAAAAUAGAUAGAGAGAAAUAUUUAUGGAAAAAGGAAGAUGGCUACUAGCACUUUGGUGAAUUUAAAAGAAGGCACCAUUCGAGGGAAAGUGUUAACUGCAACAUCAUUCUCUAAAAAGAAGUAUUUUGCAUUUCAGGGAAUCCCAUAUGCUCAACCACCUGUUGGUAAUUUACGAUUUAGAGAUCCUCAGCCUCCUAUUCCAUGGCAAGGAAUAAAAGACACAGUGAGAGAAUCCCCGCCUUGUCCACAGAAACAUAUUUUGCUGCAAGACACUGUGGGCAAUGAGGACAACUGCUUGGGACUCAACGUCUACACUCCCGAUUUCUCCGCAGCCAAGCCGGUGAUGGUCUGGAUCCACGGAGGAGGGUUCACGUUUGGCAGUGGACACACAGACCUGCAUGAUCCCGAGUAUUGGAUGGAACAAGAUGUUGUCAUUGUUACCUGCAACUACAGAGUCGGCGCUUUGGGGUUUCUAUCACUAGGAACUUCAGAUGUGCCUGGCAAUGCAGGGCUGAAGGAUCAGGUGAUGGUGUUGCGUUGGGUCCAACGCAAUAUUGCCCAGUUCGGAGGUGACCCUGGUAAUGUGACCUUGUUUGGUGAGAGUGCUGGAGGAGCUUCGGUCCACUACCACCUUCUAUCCCCGAUGUCCAAAGGUCUGUUUCAUCGUGCCAUCAUUAUGAGCGGGAGCAGCCUGAAUAGUUGGGCUUUCAGCAGUGAGGCUGUGGAGAAGUCUCGCCUCUUGGGGGAGAAGAUGGGCUGUACCUCCCAGGAUCCUCAGGAGGUACUCCAGUACCUGCAAACUGUUCCUGCCUUCGACCUUGUGAAGGCUCAGUACAAGGUGGUCACAGCCCAGGACAAGCAAGAUAUUCGAGUGUUUCCGUUCACCCCCAGUGUAGAAACGCAGGAGGGGGAAGGUGAGAGGUUCCUGACAGACCACCCCCGUUCUCUACUACAGAAGGGUCAGGUGGCUCCUGUGCCUCUUAUAGUUGGAGUCACCGACAAGGAAGGCAUGCUAGUCUUGAAUGAUAUUCCUCAUUCAGAUGAUUACUUCAAAGUGUUGAACAACAAUUUUUCCCGAAUAGUCCCUGGAAAUCUUGACCUUCCUACGAAUGGUGCAGAGAUGAUCCGGCAAUUCUUCUUUGGAGACAAACCUAUGAACUGGGACAUUGUGCCUCAGUAUCUGGAUUAUUAUGGGGAUAUAUUCUUCUACAUCGGAGUGGACGAGAUGAUAAAGUUACACAUGGCCUGUGGAGUGGCACCCAUCUACUGCUACAACAUAACCUUCGACGGUCAGCUUGGCCUCCUGUCCUGGUACCUUCCGCAGGUCUAUCCCCAGUGUGACCUCAGAGGUGUGAGCCAUGCUGAUGAUCUUGGAUAUAUAUUCAAGAUGAACAUCCCUGGACCACCAGAGAUGAGUGUGGGAUCACCAGAGGAGCAAGUGGUCAAAUGUUUCACUGGCUUAUGGUACCAGUUUGCUCUCAGUGGGAACCCAAACGGAGGCGAAGCACAGACAGUUGUCUGGGAGCCAGUUGUAAAGGACCAGUCUGGCUGGAAAAACUACCUGGAGCUUGGCAAGGAGCCGACCAUGAGACACUGCAGGCUCCUGCAGCAGAGGAUGGUGUUCUGGGAGCGGGCGAUGCGUCCUCACUCUGUACUGCAACAGAAACUGUGACCAAUGUUAGGAAACCACGAUCUUGCCAGCCAGCAUCUUUGUAAAAUUUAUCAACAUGUAAACUAGGGGCAUAACCAAUUCAGGUUGUGUCUGAAUCACUGUGACACACUUCUAGGAUAAUAGUUAUUCCCUUUGGAGCUAGAAUCGUCCUUGAUGUAAUUUGUCUUGCUUUUAACAGAUAUCAUGAACCAACCUUGUUCUCUUUUCAUUUAAAAUGUCUAUAAUAUAGAGGCGAGUUAGAACUUAGUCCUCUCUUCUAUUUAAUUUCUAAACACCAUUGUUUACAAUGCUAUAUGUGUAGUUGUGUAUAAAGAUGUGGUCUGUAAGAAUAUAUGUAGGUCUAUAUUUAAUAUUUUUUAUCACGAGUAUGAGAGGAGAAUAUUUGUCAAAAAUUUCAAAUUUAGAAUACAUAUUAUAAGCAAUACAAAUUUCAGCCUAUAUAUUUUUUAAGUUAAACAUAUCUAUUGUAAAACUGCAUUUUAUAAAUAAUCUAAAACAUGAAAGUGGGAGGUAGAUGAUAAGACUAUUAGUUCUUAAGAUACUACCAUUUCCUAGAACCUCUGCAAAUU